AUGUAUGAAUUAACGGAAGAAGCCUUGGAGAGAAUCAUGCGGGGCGUGGACGUUGAGAAACCGGUGCUCCAAAUAUUGAGUAUCCAAAAGAUCGUAAAACCCGCUCUGAAAAAUGAUGUUGUUCUUGAUCGCUACAAACUGGUAGUGUCCGAUGGACAGAGCGCAACCCCCUACGCUAUGUUGGCAACUCAAUUAAAUACGUUUAUCACGGAUGAACGUUUGACUGAGACGACAAUCUCGAGCAGAAUAUUAAAGUAUCGCGUGUGUUCAAUGAACAACAGUGAUGAAAAAAGGAAAGUGAUACUGAUACUAAAUAUCGAGGUGUUGGUUUCUGGCAGUGAAGUUGGGCACAGGAUAGGCACGCCAACUACGAUAAUGUUUAACGCAGCGACUGACGCUGCUACUACAUCCACAGCUGCAAGUUCUUCUUUUCCAACAACUACGAUAGCGUUUAACGCAGCGACUGACGCCGCAGCUACAUGUACAGCUGCAAGUUCUCCUUUUCCAACAAAUGGUGCAACUGAAAGGAGUUUUUCAACGUCGUCGGACUCUUCUCACAUAUCCACUAUGCCGAUCGCUGCCUUAACGCCUUAUCAAAACAAAUGGACGAUUAAAGCUCGCGUGACUACGAAGUCUUCAAUCAGAACAUGGAAUAAUUCCCGUGGAAAAGGUAAACUUUUUUCCAUGGAUUUGAUCGAUGAAAGUGCUGAAAUUCGAUGUACCGCCUUCAGAGAACAAUGCGACAAGUUCUACGACCUGAUAAAGCCUAGAAAUGUAUAUUAUAUCUCGCGGUGCACACUGAAAGCAGCAAACAAACAGUUCAACAUAUUGAAAAACGAUUACGAGUUGACGAUGACCGCUACGACAGAAAUCGUGCCUUGCUAUAAAAACUGUGAGGAUAUUCCGAGGUUGCGGUAUUAUCCUUGUCCCAUAAGUGAAAUAGAAAACAAAGAGAAAGAUGUUUUAAUAGAUGUCUUGGGUGUCGUUACACAUGUCAACGAUCUACAAUCUCUUGUGCAACGAAGUACCGGCCAAGCGCUUUUGAAGAGAGAUAUUACGAUCGUUGAUGACAGCGGCACACAGCUGAGUAGUUUCGUGACAGCGUGGACUACACUGUGGGUACAGCAAACCGAGGAUUUUGAUGGUUCUGCGACGCCGAUUAUUGCCGUUAAAGGAGCGCGUGUCAGUGAAUAUAAUGGUGAAAGAACGUUAUCCCUUAUGACAUCCUCCGUACUUGUAAAGGAUCCUGAUCUUCCUGAAGCACACAGAUUGCGCACGUGGUAUACUACAGUUGGCCAUUUGGAAACGGCUAACGCCGAGUCUAGAGCAGGUGGAAGUGAUGACUUCAACGCGUCGUUGUACACUUUCGAGGAGAUGACUGCAGCUCGCUUGGGGGAAACAUGUACGCUCUCAGAUUCCGUUGCAGUUGUGGCGAUCGUUGACAUGUUUCGCACGGAAACUGCUAUUUACAAGGCAUGCCCCGUAACUGGUUGCAGGAAGUUACGCGAUACAUCUGCCGGAGUAUUUAGAUGCGACAAGUGUAACAAGGACUCGUCAACGUUCAAGUAUCGCUUACUGUUAAAUAUGAAUCUAUCAGACGCAACAGGUAGUCGUUGGGUAAUUGCCUUUGGUGAAACGGCUGAGAAAAUCAUAGGCCGAUCGGCGCAAGAAUUAGGGGAAAUGCAGGAAAACGCAAACGAUGCUUAUAUGCAAGUAUUCGACGAGAUGCUGUUCAAGAAGUUUUUAUUCACUUUCAGGGUGACCGCAGACGUUUUUCAGGAUGAACUAAGACAAAAAUACGUCUGUACGUCAAUCGCGCCGGUAACGUACAAGACUUACGUAGCACAUCUGAUAAACAAAGUUUCCAGAAGAGUGCGACACUACUACCCCGAGGACAUGGACGUCGACUAA